AUGCUUCAUAUACUUGUUUCAUACUUUUCAUGGCCUGGCUUAUGCGGUAUCAACGAAAUCUACUCUAACUGCACGUCACGCUGUGGAGAACCUGAAUGUGGAGACCCGGAACAGAAAAUGUGCCCAGCAAUUUGUGGUCCACCAGGAUGCCAGUGUCUUCCUGGUUAUCUCAGAGACAAGAGCGGAAGCUGCGUAACUCCUGACAAAUGUUCUUACUCUGCUCUUACAACUCCAAUGACGUGUGGAAUGAAUGAAGAGUUUACAACAUGCGGCGGAUGUGAAAAGCAUUGUGACCGAGAAUACACAGCGGAAUGCUCAAGAAAGUGUUUACCACCGAAAUGUCAAUGCCGAAAUGGUUUUGUGAGACAUUCUAAUGGAAGCUGUGUUCUGCAGCAGUAUUGUAAAACGGGAUCUGCUUUUGCCACUUGCGGUCUCAAUGAAAUCCACACUAACUGCACAGCGCCCUGUGGUGAGACUACCUGUGACAAAGAAGAGAAAAUGUGCGGUGCUUCUUGCGGACCACCAGGCUGCACAUGUCUACCUCGCUAUGUUAGGAACAACAGGAAUAUUUGUGUACCUCGUGACGAAUGCUCUUCGAACUCCACCGAGUCUAAUUCUACAGCUUUGCCGAUUGUGACAGAUGGUGAGUCAUGUGGUGAGAACGAAGACUACGAGGAAUGCAUGCCAAGAUGUCAAAUGACUUGUCGAGGUCAUGUGCAGUGUACUUCUGCAUUUACGAGCACUGAAUGUGUAGGAGGCUGCGUGUGCAAGCAAGGUUAUCGCAAAGAUGAGAACGGACUGUGCAUCAAACCAAGAUUUUGUCAUCGAGCUCCUGGUUGCUUGAAGAAUGAAGUUUGGUCGUCGUGCGCUACUUGCGAGAAGACCUGCAAUACACAGAGCAGGGUAUGCCGCAAAUGUUAUUCUGGAUGUGCUUGUAUUGAUGGAUUCGUACGCAAUGAAGAAGACCAGUGCAUCCCCGAAAGUGAAUGCAAAUAA